CAAGAAUCAAGUCAGUGUAAUUUCAUGGGGUUUUUUUUUCCCCCCCAAUAAUUUUGCCUAGAGUUUGGCACUCCCUUCGCCGGGAAUAACAGUCUUUGUUAUUUUAUUAGCAGGAUGCCUUGAGACACACGCAGCAUCUGGCGGAGGAUUAACAUACAUACAUGUGUAUGUGUGCGUCACGUAUAUAUUUACUGCAAAUGGUGGGGAUCAUUUAGUGCCCGAGAUGGGAGACUUGAAGUCAGGUUUUGAAGAGGUGGAUGGCGUGAGGCUCGGCUACCUCAUCAUUAAAGGAAAGCAAAUGUUUGCCCUCUCCCAAGUCUUUACGGAUCUUCUGAAAAAUAUCCCGAGGACGACCGUGCACAAGCGCAUGGAUCAUCUGAAAGUGAAAAAGCACCACUGCGACCUGGAGGAGUUGCGGAAACUCAAGGCAAUCAACAGCAUCGCCUUCCACGCCGCCAAAUGCACGCUCAUCUCCCGGGAAGACGUGGAAGCGCUCUACACUUCCUGCAAAACCGAGCGUGUGCUCAAGACCAAGCGCAGGAGGGUCGGCCGGGCCCUCGCCACAAAGGCGCCGCCGCCAUUUCGCCCCCCCGCGGCCAGCCCCCGCCCGGGUUUUUGGAAGGACAAGCACCAACUUUGGCGGGGCCUGAGCGGAGCUGCGCGGCCCCUGCCAAUCAGCGCGCAGUCCCCGCGCCCGGGCGCCGCCGCUGCGCGCCCCGCCGCCCAUCUACCUCAGAUUUUUAACAAAUACCCGGGCUCGCACUACCCGGAAAUCGUGCGCUCGCCUUGCAAACCCUCUCUAAACUAUGAAACUGCCCCGCUUCAGGGAAACUACGUCGCUUUCCACUCGGACCCUGCUUAUUUUCGGAGCCUGCUGUACCACCACCACCAUCACCGGGCCCAGCAGCCGCAACAGACCCACCACCCCCCUCACCACCACCGGCCGCAGCCCCAUCUGGGCAGCUUUCCCGAGAGUUGCAGCAGCGACUCCGAGUCCAGCUCCUACUCGGAUCAUGCAGCCAACGAUUCGGAUUUUGGCUCCAGUUUGUCCAGCUCUAGCAACUCUGUGUCCUCAGAGGAAGAGGAGGAGGAGGGAGAGGAGGAGGAGGAAGAGGAAGAGGAGGAGGAGGAGGAGGAGGAGGGGGGCAGUUGGGCCUCGGAUUCCAGUGAAGUCAGCUCGGAGGAGGAGGACUCGUCCACAGAGUCAGACUCCAGCUCCGGCUCCAGCCAAGUGUCAGUGCAGAGCAUCCGUUUCAGGCGCACCAGCUUCUGCAAGCCUCCUAGCGUGCAGGCGCAGGCCAACUUCUUGUACCAUCUGGCCUCAACCAAACCCGCUGCUUUCGAGGAUGCCGGCAGACUUCCCGACCUCAAGAGUAGUGUCAAAGCGGAGUCGCCGGAGGAGUGGAAUCUGCACGGCUGGGCCCCCAAAGCGUCUCCGGUGUACUGCCCGGCCAGCCUGGGGAGUUGUUUCACAGAGAUAAGGAACGAUAGGGUAUCUGAGAUUACAUUCCCACACUCUGAAAUUUCCAGUACUGUAAAGAGAACUGACCUGACAAUUAACUGCCUGGCAGAGGGGGCCUCUUCACCUAGCCCAAAGACAAACAAUGCAUUUCCACAACAAAGAAUACCCCGAGAGGCUAGGAAAUGCCUACAAGCAACUCCUACUACACACUGUGCAGAUAACAACACAAUAGCUGCUAGGUUCUUAAAUAAUGAUUCUUCAGGAGCAGCGGCAAAUUCAGAAAAAGAUUCCAAACUCCCUCAUUGUCCUGAAUUUGCUACGGAUUUACCCUCUUCACAAACUGACCCUGCAGUGGAUGCAGCAGCAGCAACUAAAGCCGAGGAUCAGUGCACUGACAUAGGAGACAAGACCUUGCCAUUUCUGCACAACAUUAAAAUCAAGGUAGAAGACAGUAGUGCUAAUGAAGAAUAUGAACCUGACCUUAUUACAAAUAAGCUAAAGUGUGAGUGCAAUGAUACAAAGGGUGAGUUUUACAGUGUGACUGAAAGUAAAGAGGAGGACGCCUUGUUAACCACAGCCAAGGAAGGUUUUGCAUGCCCUGAAAAAGAAACUCCUUCCUUAAAUCCACUGGCUCAGAGUCAGGGCCUUUCAUGCACUUUAGGUUCUCCAAAACCUGAGGAUGGGGAAUAUAAAUUUGGUGCCAGGGUGAGAAAAAAUUACCGGACACUAGUGCUGGGAAAACGACCUGUCCUUCAGACACCUCCAGUCAAACCAAAUUUGAAAUCAGCUAGAAGCCCUCGUCCUACAGGUAAAACUGAGACACAUGAAGGAACACUGGAUGAUUUUACAGUUAUAAACAGACGCAAAAAGGUAGCCAGCAAUGUAGCAUCAGCAGUGAAAAGGCCAUUUAAUUUCAUGGCAAAUUUUCCUUGUCCACCAUCACUCAUUAUUGGGAAGGAUGGGGAUUUGUGGCCGGCGUAUUCCUUAAAUACCACUAAGGAUUCCCAACCUCCUCACAAGGCCCAUCCUAUAUGGAAAUGGCAGCUGGGCGGUUCUGCAAUACCUCUUCCACCUAGUCACAAAUUCAGGAAAUUUAAUUCAUAAAAAUGUUUUGGAAGAUAUUUUCUUGAACCAUAUUACCUUCCUUUUGUUGUAAACUGCACAGGAUGGUUUGUACAAGUCCAUUAAUGUGUUACACCCCUUUUGGAGUCCUGGUUUAUCGCAUUUUGAAGACAGAAAUCGGAUUACUUUUUUUCCAUUG